AUCGCGCCAGAUGGGGGCGCGUUGUUGGGCUGUAGCCCUCCUCCCCUCCAUCUGCGCGCCACUUUCCCUCCCCCCACGCAACCGAUUACCCGGCUUUGGUCACCAAGCCGGACGGUUCCACCCCAUGCAUUUUCCGAUCAGACCUAGAGUUUGCUGUUGAGUUCUGGAUCUGGGUGGACUGAAGAUGGACUAGGGGCUUAACCUCUUGAACGGCCCAGCCCAGCGAUGUACUCUCAUUACGUAGAGUAUGUCGCGGAGAAGAUGACUUCACCUUCACUUGGCCUUUGGUUUGCCCGGGCGGUGGAAGCAAGACUCAAAGUGAUCUCAAUAUUUUUCUUCCCUGGUAGGAUUUUUCAUUAUUUUCUCCUUUUUUCUCUUUUUUCUAUUUUUCCAAUUUUCUCAAAUUUUUCCAAAUUUUUCCAAUUUUUUCCAACUUUCUCCAAAUUUUUCCAAUUUUUUCCAAUUUUUUCCAAAUUUUUCCAAUUUUUUCCAAUUUUUUCCAAUUUUUUCCAAUUUUUUCCAAUUUUUUCCAAUUUUUUCCAAUUUUUUCCAAUUUUUUCCAAAUUUCUCCAAAUUUUUCCAAAUUUUUCCAAUUUUUUCCAAUUUUUUCCAAUUUUUCCCUUUUUUUUUCCCCUCUUUUUUUCUCUUUUUUUGUUUCUUUUUUUCUUUUUUUUCUUUUUUUGGCCACACUAACAGUCAAAACUUAUGUGCUAAGUGCUAACAAUACCCACAUCCCCAGAUGUCGACCUUAUAUGCAAGGCACCGAUCGCUGAUGACAGCUAGCGCAGUGCUAGGAACGGUGCUCCUUAUUAUUUAUACAUGAUCUAAAAA